AUGACGGAACGAUUGGAGCGGUGUUACUGCAUAAAAUUUUGCCAGAAACUGGGCGAUUGUCAGGUGGAAACCAUUCGAAAGCUUCGGACGGCUUUCGGUGACGAUACUAUGGGCAUCACACAGAUUAAGGAGUGGUUCAAUCGGUUUAAAAACGGUCGUACAUCGGUGGAGAGCGAGCCACGCUCUGGUCGACCAUCGACAUGCCGAAAUGAGCAUGUCGUUGCCAAAGUGAACGCUGUGGUGAUGCGGGACCGUCGUGCGACUAUUCGAGAUAUUGCAGAAGAGGUAGAUAUCAGCACUUUUUCGGCUCACUCCAUUGUUACCGAAGACUUGACCAUUAAGAGAGAGUCGCGGCUAAAUUUGUGCCGAAGCUGCUGA